AUGCGUAUCAUGAAGUGUAACUUAUUUCCGACGGCUUUGAUUUGCUUGUGGGCAGCAACUGUUUCUGCGGAUUCACUAAUUGUUGAACUGCCAAAUGGAAAACUACGUGGACGCGAUAACGGAAAGUAUUACAGCUACGAGUCGAUACCCUAUGCAGAACCGCCGCUGGGUGACUUGAGAUUUGAGGCACCUAAGCCCUACAACCGCAUAUGGAAAGAUACCUUCAAUGCCACCAAUCCUCCAGUGCUGUGCACACAGUGGAGUCAGUUCAUCGAUCAGCCAGAAAAACUGGCGGGCACCGAGGACUGUCUUAUCGUGAAUGUGUAUAAGCCAAAGAAUUCCAGUCGUCAGAGUUUUCCUGUUCUUGUACAUAUACAUGGCGGUGCAUUUAUGUUUGGUGGAGCACCUGGAUACGGGCAUGAUCUAUUAAUGGCCAGCGGGAAUUCAAUUGUUGUGAAGAUCAAUUAUCGAGUAGGACCAAUGGGUUUCUUGAGCACUAAUGAUGUGGACUUACCCGGAAACAUAGGACUGAAAGAUCAGCGACUCGCGUUGCAAUGGAUCAAGCAGAACAUAGCUCGUUUUGGAGGAGAGCCGGAGAAUAUACUUGUCAUGGGUCAUUCAGCUGGAGGUGCCUCAGUUCAUUUACACCUGCUCAAGCCGGACUUUAAUACGUUGGCAAGGGCAGCCGUUUCUAUCAGUGGCAAUGCCCUCAAUCCUUGGGUUGUGCAGAAGGGUGCACGUCGCCGUGCAUUCGAAUUGGGCCGCAUUGUGGGUUGUGGUCUACUAAAUAGCUCAAAGGAACUCAAGAGCUGCCUUAAAGCAAAGGAGGCUUCGGAAAUAGUCAGAGCUGUGCAGAAUUUCUUUGUCCUAGACUAUGCGCCAUUUACUCCUUUUGGGCCAGUAGUUGAGCCUGCUGAAACGGUAGAUGCUUUCCUCACUCAACAUCCCAUUGACAUUAUCAGGAGUGGUAAAUUCUCUCAAGUUCCGUGGUUAACAUCCUACACACAGGAAGAUGGCGGCUAUAAUGCCGCUAUUCUGUUGGCGAAGGAGUCAACAGGAAUAGAGGUAAUUGAAAAGUUAAACAGUUGCUGGAAGGAUGUGGCACCCCAUUUGCUAUUCUAUCGUGAUUUUCAGUGUACACUUGAGGAAAUGGACGAUCACUCCCAGUAUCUGAGGCAGAAAUAUCUGGGUAAUCGGAGUUUCAGUGUGGAGAGCUACUUGGAUGUGCAGCGUCUGUUUACGGAUGUGCUCUUCAAGAAUGAUACUCAGCUCGCAAUAGAUCUGCAUCGUCAACAUGGCAAGAGCCCUGUUUACGGUUUUGUCUAUGAUAAUCCAGCAGAAAAAGGAGUUGGACAAUGGCUAUCAAAACGAAAUGAUGUAUUUUUUGGCUCAGUUCACGGAGACGAUUACUUUCUGAUAUUUGAAAAUUCAGUUCGUCAGAUUAAUCGCCCUGACGAGAAAGUUAUAUCAAAAAAUCUCAUAAAGAUGCUUGAAGACUUUGCCCAAGGCGAUACCGUUAGAUAUGACAACUGUGUGCUCCGAGACAAUUUAGACCAAAAGGAAUUUCAAUUACUAUCCAUUAAUAUCCAUGGUUGUGUUAAUAUGCAAGUGAAUGAGUUUCCUUAGGCAAAGCUGCUCUUAUAAUGGUAACUAAAAUAUUCUU